GUUACGCGCCCGUCCCAGGCUGAGGAAGCACCAAAUGAUUAGCCAGUUAGCCUUAAAACAAUUGACUCAUUCUUGUCAUAGUAUUUCGCGGCACUCGAGCGCAGUAUGCCUAAACAUUGAAUGAAUACAUUUACACAGUAACGCUAACAAAAUGUCUGGCUCUGCACCUCCAACCCCGCCGGACGAAGGCUCUGACACGUGCAGGCUGGCUGCCUUUCUUCCUCCCGGCUAUCAAGCCUUCAAACCGGAGGACCAUGGCCUAGACCGCAGCUUUCGGCUAACGGCCUUCUCCGACCUGAAAGGAUGAGGCUGUAAAGUCCCUCAGGAGGCUCUGCUCAAACUCCUGGAGGGACUUGAGCCCGAUCGUCCGGGUGUAGCGACCGGAGAGGACGGCGGCCCGGCGGCAGGUGCCGGCGAUGAGACGUCGGAAUUCGGUCAGCUCUCUGCUGCUCAUGGACCCCGACUAGGUAUUGGCUUGGACUCCUGUGUCAUUCCCCUGAGGCAUGGGGGUCUAUCCCUGGUCCAGACCACAGACUUCUUUUACCCCCUGGUAGAGGACCCAUACAUGAUGGGUCGAAUAGCGUGCGCUAACGUGCUGAGUGACCUCUACGCCAUGGGCAUCACAGAGUGUGACAACAUGCUGAUGUUACUCAGUCUCAGUCAGAAGAUGAAUGAGAAGGAGAGGGAGCAGGUGAUGCCACUAAUGAUAAAGGGUUUCCGUGACGCCGCAGAAGAAGGCGGGACUUCCGUUACGGGCGGCCAAACUGUUAUCAAUCCCUGGAUCAUCAUUGGGGGUGUGGCAACCGUGGUGUGCCAGCCCAAUGACUUCAUCAUGCCAGACAGUGCGGUUCCUGGGGAUGUGCUAGUUCUCACCAAACCUCUGGGCACACAGGUGGCAGUCAAUGCCCAUCAAUGGCUGGACCUGCCAGAUAAGUGGAAUAAGAUCAAACUGGUCAUAUCUAAAGAGGAAGUUGAACAGGCCUACCAGGAAGCCAUGCUCAACAUGUCCACCCUCAACCGCACAGCCGCGUCACUCAUGCACAAGUUCAAUGCACACGCGGCCACCGACAUCACAGGCUUCGGCAUCCUGGGCCACGCCCGUAACCUGGCACAGCAGCAGCGCAGCGAGGUGGCCUUCGUCAUCCACAACCUGCCCAUCAUCGCCAAGAUGGCCGCCGUCAGCAAGGCCUGCGGCAACCUCUUCGGCCUGCUGCAGGGCACCUCCUCCGAGACAUCAGGUGGCUUGCUGAUCUGUCUGCCUCGUGAGCAGGCAGCGCGGUUCUGUGCGGAGAUGAAGGCGAGUCGUCAGGGUCCCGGUGUGGGGGUCCCGGGCCCCGAUGCCGGUGGCGAGGGCCAGCAGGCCUGGAUCAUCGGCAUCGUGGAGAAGGGCAACCGCUGCGCCCGCAUCAUCGACAAGCCCCGUAUUAUCGAGGUGCCGCCCCGCGGCACAGUCUCCGAGGGCAACAACAACAGCACCAGCCCCCCACCCCCUGUGCAGAGUCCACCCGUGUCCUAGGGCCAUGGGAGCGCCCCCUUCCCUCCACUUUUCCCUCAUCCUGCCAUCUUCAUCAUAACGCAGUAGAAGUGCUUUUCUCACCUCCCUGUUGUGUAGUCACAGGGUGAAGUCUCCAUUUGAAGCCUUUUAACAAUCAGUCAUCAUCAAAUCUGAGUCUAAUAUGCUUUAGUGGUUUCUUUCCCAUAUCUCAUCUUUUAUCUUUUGGCAUCUGACUUUUCUUAUUUCUUCCUCUGUCCCUUUUUGCACCCUCUCUUUUGUGUGUGUGUGUGUGCGUGUGUGCGUGGUCAUUUCUGGGUGUGUUAUGCCCGGGCUGCAUGUAUGCUCGUUUGUGUGCAUCCAGAGUGUAUGCAUCAGUCAGUGCACAGAAGACAUCUUGCCUGGUCUUUGUGCACUGAGGAUAUUGUCUGACAUUUCUGUGUGUGUGUGUGUGUGUGUGUGUUGAUACAGCCACUUGUGUUUGGGUCUCAACCUGCUGUCCAUUUUGUCUCCCUGUUCAGCCGAUGGGUUGAGAGCGACAGACCAAAAAUUCUUUCUUUUUUCCUGGUGGGAGUCGGAAUGGACAGCACUCAGGCCACUUUCCCCUUCGCUUCUCCUCUGUCCUCUUCUGUCCAAUGUCCCUCUCUGCUUUCCGUACCUUGAAGCACCAUUUCUUGCCAUCCGCACUAUGUGUAUAUGUGGGGACGUAUGGUUAUCCAGGUGUGCAUUUGUGUCCUGCGAGGUCAUCUUUCCGUUUCCCUUGUCCUUCUUCGAAUGACUAUCUGUACAUCGUUCGGAUCCCCCACCCCACCUCACCACUGACGCUAACAGAGGGGGUGACAACGGGAAGAGGAGUGUGUUUGUCUUCCUGUGAAUGUGUGUUCCUUUCACUCACCUCCCUUCACUUCUUUGACCCCACCCAUCCACCCACCCCUAUUUACCAGUCAAUGCUGGGCACUGAGUGAACCUGUCUUGAGUGUAAGGGAGGGAGAGGGAGAAAGGGGGGGGGGGGUCAUGCUCGUUAGCCAUGUCUGGCUCCAAACCUCCUAAGUCAGCUCAGUCAGGAGCUCUCUGUGUGUUGGCAGACGCCAAGCUUUUGUUUCCGUUCCUUCCCUUCCUUCGUUUUUCCACCGUGAGAGAUCAUAACAUUCCGUCAGUUUUCUUAAUUGACCGUGAUUUUAGACGAGAACUUAAUCCUUCCGUGACAAUCGAGAAAGCUGUUGAGGGUUUUAUUUUUCAUUCUUCCAACGUAUUUGGAAGUGAUUAAAGUGAUGUGAAAUGUGCUGAGACUAUGAUGUGAUUAUGAAAAAGUGAAGGGCCCAUAGGAAUCUCAGGCGUGGAUCCUCUGACCCAAUGCAUUAUAAUUUAUUGACUCUUUGAAUGGUACCCAUUUCCUGGACUUAAUUGUGUCUUUUCAAUUGAGAAUCAAAACAUCCAGGAUGAGAAUCAACAUCUUGUGAAAAUGCUGAAGACAUCAAAUUACCUGACAAGGAUAAACAGAAAAAAACGUACCACCUCAUAUGAGUAAACUGGUGUGCUUGUUUCCAUCCCGUAUAUCAAUUUGGUAUCCGAUGAAAAGAAAAAAGAUAUCCGAUGAAAAAAAAAAAGAAAAAAAAAACUUGAA